AUGUUGUCCUUCAUCGACUUGCCACCAGAGAUUCGCUUAGCCAUCUACAGACUCGUGCUGCAGUUCACCUUGUCCAGGACGAAGCGCAUCCACUACCGCGAUACAGACACCUUCUAUUAUGGGAAUUUUCUGUUUAUUCACCAAAAUCAGUACUACAUGCGAACUCGUUUUGACGAAGACCCCACCCGUGCAUGCGACAUCCGCAGACCCAGAUACAGCAUUCACGACAUUGAUGAGCUCCUGUUCCUCGCUAGCACCUGCCGUCUUCUCAGGGCUGAACUACUGGAUCUCGCUUGGUCGAAUGCGGAUCUCCGGAUCCAAUCACAAGAGCUCUACAAUGACUUGCGCAACAUCUUCUACGAGCGCCUGUCGAGCAAGACCUGUGGCUUCAUUCGCACGCUCCAACUCGGUCUCGAUACAAAGACUUGUAAUUCGACGGAAACAAAGAAGAUCGCUGUACUCAUCCGCCGUCGGCUUCCACAACUGAAAGAGCUGACCGUCUAUAUCAACUUGGACUUCGAGCCUCGCGUAGAGGAUCUGAUGCCUAGUGUGAGGAUUUUCGGAAUUCUGCCCCGACACGUUGCUGUUGAGUUCAAACGCCUUCUGACCUUGAUGGGUCAGCGCCGGCCCGCGCCACUUCGUCCUAGGGAUCCACCAUGGUCUGUCGUUUUCUAUGAUCGAGCAUACAGAUCGGCAGGUAUGGCUUUGCGUGUUCUGCAGGCCGAGGUCAGUUCGAAAGUCCAGAAACGCAAAGAGGAGCAGGCGAAGAGGGAGCUGGGAGAUCAAGUUUGCGAUAUCCUCGAAGACACGGAUGAGAUGCGUUCUCUCAUGGUCGGUUGA